AUGGGGGGAAGCAAAGAACGGGAUGGGGGGAAGCAGGUAGAGGGUGUGGGGAUGGGGGGAAGCAAGUCAGAGGAUGAGGGGAAGCAGGGCAGGGGAUACGGGGAAAGAAGGGAUAGGAUGGGGGGAAGCAGGGCAGGGGAUACCUCUGUCCCUCCCCCUCUGUCCCUCCGCCUCUGUCUCUCACCCUCUGUCUCUCACCCUCUGUCUCUCACCCUCUGUCUCUCACCCUCUGUCUCUCACCCUCUGUCUCUCACCCUCUGUCUCUCACCCUCUGUCUCUCACCCUCUGUCUCUCACCCUCUGUCUCUCACCCUCUGUCUCUCACCCUCUGUCUCUCACCCUCUGUCUCUCACCCUCUGUCUCUCACCCUCUGUCUCUCACCCUCUGUCUCUCACCCUCUGUCUCUCACCCUCUGUCUCUCACCCUCUGUCUCUCACCCUCUGUCUCUCACCCUCUGUCUCUCACCCUCUGUCUCUCACCCUCUGUCUCUCACCCUCUGUCUCUCACCCUCUGUCUCUCACCCUCUGUCUCUCACCCUCUGUCUCUCACCCUCUGUCUCUCACCCUCUGUCUCUCACCCUCUGUCUCUCACCCUCUGUCUCUCACCCUCUGUCUCUCACCCUCUGUCUCUCACCCUCUGUCUCUCACCCUCUGUCUCUCACCCUCUGUCCCUCUCCCUCCCCCUCUGUCCCUCCCCCUCUGUCCCUCCCCCUCUGUCCCUCCCAAGCUAUCCCUCCCCCUCUGUCCCUCUCAAGCUAUCCCUCCCCCUCUGUCCCUCCCCUUCGGAUGGAAUGAGGGAGGUAUAUGCGGGGGGGAAUGAGGGAGGGAUAUGUGGGGGGGAAUGA